AUGCGCCUCGUGCAGAGCCAAGGACUCGUAUACGCCGAUGCUAUUGGGUCCCAUGAGUCAGAGCCAUAUUGGCCAGACAACCGCUAUUACUCUUUCACUCUUGAAGAAAUUGAACUCCUCGAGAAAGCCGCUCGGGAUGUGUUCGAAAUGUGCUGUAAGGCGGCAGAUUACCUGACCGAAAACAAGACAAUCAUGGAGAAGAUGGCCAUUCCCCCUUUCGCAUACGAGCAAAUCACGAAAUCCUGGGACCGCCAGCCACCCUGGGGCAGCGUUUACGGGCGAUUUGACGUUUGCUUUGGCGGGCUCCAACACCCUGAUACUCGAUUGCGCUGUCCGAAGUUUUACGAGUUCAACGCAGAUACGCCAACAAGCCUUCUCGAAAGUGCCUAUAUCCAAUGGCUGUGGCUUGAGCAGACGGGCCAUGGGAACGACCAGUUCAACAGCAUCAGCGAAAACCUGAUUGAAGCCUGGAAGCGUAACUUGACGCUUAUUGACGAAAAGCUCGGCUACAAGCCUACCGUGUACUUUGCAACCUGCGAGUCUGAGUCCACUGGUGAGGACGCCAUGAAUGCCAUGGUCCUCAUGGAGACCUGUCAGCUUGCAGGGUGGAAAACUAAAGCCAUAAGCGUGGGAGAAAUCGGCAUUUCCUUAGCGGACGGCCGCUUUCACGACCUCGAAGGCAACCAUCUCGACGUCGUCUUCAAGCUCUACCCGUGGGAGUUUAUGGUGGAAGAAGCCGGCGGACAAGUGUGUUUCACUGACAUGGGCAGCAGUGAUGGUACCAUCUGGAUCGAGCCGCCAUACAAGAUGCUCUGGAGCAACAAGGCGCUCUUUGCCGUUCUCUGGUCUCUCUUCAAAGAUGACGAGCGGUCAAAGUGGCUUCUCCCGACAUAUUUCGAGGAUGAUAGCGUCCCGGCGUCUCUUACGAAAUAUGCGCGGAAGCCGAUCUUUUCCCGAGAAGGCGGCGGCAUCACCCUGAAGGCGGACGGCGAAGUGAUACAGACUGAACCCGACAAAGCCUACGGCAAAGAAGGAUAUAUAGUUCAGGAACUGGCGUUGCCUCCUGAAUUCAAGGACGCAGAGAACAAACCCCACUAUCCCGUGCUCGGAAUCUGGAUGAUAGAUGGAGAGCCUGCAGGCAUGGGUAUCCGGGAGGCCGUGACGCCAAUCACUACGAAUGUUUCGGCGUUCAUUCCGCAUUCUAUUGAGGAUGGACCUGUCAAUUACGAGCGUCAAGCCGUUUCUACAGAAGAGGAGAUUAGUCGGGCUUUGGACAUUGCCCGAUUUUCCGACCCCAAACAAGUGGGCGCAGAACAAACCGAAAUGCUGAAGUAUAUAGAAAGACUCUGUAUAUAA